AUGAUGUCGACACUCUUCUCCCUGUCGCCCUUUGUGGCGUCCUUCGCGAUCGCCUUCGUCGUAGCUUCGAGGAAGGUCUUUCCCAAGCUGUCUCGCGUACAAGACUCUCGGGACGGCGAGGACCACUACCUCCCCUCGUCGGCACCACCCUCUCUACAGCAAGCCCACGCCGAGCAUGGCGCACACUCCCUACGCAGGAAGUUCGCGUCUUUUACUUUUGCGACCACGAUCGGGCUGGCGACGGUGCUGGGGGAACUGAUCCUGGCGGAAAUCUCGGACCUUGUGAACCCCGCUGCUCGAACAACGGCGCUGCGCUUUACGGUCCCGACGUUACUAUUCUUUCUCAUAGUUCUGAUUCCCUUCCUCGAGCUGCAGUCUAUAGUAGCCGGGACGGGAUGGUCUUUCCAACGGACGGCAAAGGGGAGGAUCCCGAGGGUGGCUUGGAUGCUCCAGAUGACGGCCUUUGCAGGGUGGCUAUUUGUGUUCUGGUCCCUGGGACGCGCGGUGCCGGGUGCCAACGAGAGCUACAUGUAUGCCAGGGACUCGCGGGAAGAUUUCGACAGCACAGGCAUAUCUAUGGCCACUCGGGAAGGCUCUGCGGGAGUCUCCAUGAAUUUGGACAUGACGGAUCUGACCGAAGAUGGCGGGCGGGGGCUGGCGCGCGCUUGCCUUGAGCGGAUCGGCAUCGUUGGCAUCUCUCUCAUGGCGCUCUUGUCGGGGUUUGCGAGUGUAUCCUCACCUUGGCAUCUCUUCGCGGACAAUCUGUCGUCCAAGCGGCGGCCGGUCACCGAUGCCGAUAUCGCGAGGAAGCAGUCUGGGCUGGACGCAACGAGGGAGAUGCUCCUGACGAAACGGCACCGGCUACGCUCUCUACAGCGAAAAGCAGCUGCCAUGGCGGAGGCUUCCGGGGCCUCCUCGGCUGGCCUGAUGGGCAAGCUCGUCGGGUCAAUCAAGAACAUGGGUGGGGGUGGCGACACGGCCGAGAUCAAGAUGCUGCAGAUGGAGAUCAACGGGCUCGAGUCCAUGGAGGCGAGCCUGACGUCCUCGCUGUCCGUCUUGCAGAACAGACAGGCGGCGGACGUCCGAGCGGGAACGGCUCUGGGCAAACUGUUUACCAUCCCGACCUACGUCUUCAGCCUGUACUGCGUGUACCGCAUCGCGGCCACCACGCUGACGACCCUGCGGCGGCUCUACUACCCGGGCUCGUCGUUCUCGUCCUCGGACCCGAUCAACCGCUUCCUCGGGCUGCUCGCCAAGCACUGGGACCCGAAGCUGGACCAGAUGGCGUGGGCGCGCCAGAUCUCCUUCCUGCUCUCGGGCGUGAUCCUGGCGGCGUCGGCCAACUCGGUGCUGCAGACCUUGCACCUCUUCGCCAAGUGGCUGCCGGGCCUGCUGCGCCAGGCGCAGGCCAACCUGGCGCUGCUCGUGGGCCAGAUCGCGGCCACCUACGUCAUCAGCGCGGCGCUGCUGCUGCGCGGCAACCUGCCGCGCGAGGUGGGCAGCACCAUCAGCGACGCGCUGGAGAGCGCUCUGGAGCCGGGCUUCGUGGACAGGUGGUUCGAGGGCUGGUUCCUGGUGGCGAGCGCCGCGACGGCCGCCGGCAUUUGGGUCGGGCGCAAGGUUGGCGGUGGCGGUGGCGGAGUCGGGGACGGGAUGUCGAUGUGGGAUGAGUGGGACGACCUCGGCGGGGAGGAGAUGGGGCAGAAGAGGUCGUGA